AUGAUAUCAUGAGUAUUUGUUCUCGAUUUGAAGUAUUAGAAGACAAUAAUCGAAGUAUUCUUCAUAUAGGAUUUCAAAAUAUUGGUGGAUUUCAAAAUGUUAUAGGAGCUAUAAAUGGAACUCAUUUUAUUUUAACUGAGGCACCAAUACAAGAUCCAAUAGCAUACUUUACAAGGAAAAAAAGAUAUGCAAUUCAAUGUCAAGGAAUUGUUGAUUUUAAAGGAAUUUUUAUUAAUUAUGUAAUAGGAUGGCCUGGAUCGGUACAUGAUGUACGAGUUUAUAGCAAUUCAGAUUUUUAUCUUAAUAGAACAGAAUAUAUUCAAGAUGAAGAUUAUGUGCUAG